UUUCGGAUCCUAGUUGCCACUGACAGAUAGGCUACACUGUAGCACGUUAUCAGACAUGAACUCUCUCACGCGAAGGUCUCCAUGGUGAGACAUGGUCUGGCCAUGUCCUAUUGGACCAAGACGGAGGCGACCCACGAUUGCGGGCUGCAUACUAAGCAGUCCAGCGCCAGCGCUACAUGAUCAUAAAGCAUGUCUGGGACCGGACCGGACUUGGGCUCGGUACCGAGAUUAGCAUGUCAAUGAGGUCUCCUCUGAGCCUCGCUGUUCCCGCCAUGCUGGCACAGCCGGUAAAUCCUCCACAGGAUUUAACACCGCGGAGGUGCUAAUGACCACUAACCCUGGCACGUGAGCUGAAGUUGUGGAGAGAGCUCAGUUUUGUAUUUGAGUUUUUAUUUAUGCGUCUAUAUGUUUGUUUGCGUGUAUAAUAUCCUGCUAAAGAUGCCAGGAUCUCCGUAAUUAUAGCACUAAGGUUUAAACUUAAGGCUUAUAUGAAUCAAAAUUGAGGACGAGCAAGUAACAGAGGGCUCCAACACUGUCCCCCAACCACCUCAGCUGCAAACGCACACAUGACCACUCGCCCCAGCGGGCCCGCGGUGUCGGAGGCUGGGGUCCGUCCCAUACAUGACCCAGUACGACGGACGCUUGACAACCAUUAACCGCUCCAUGAAUGAUUGCACGGUCGGAUUGGUUUUAUCUCCAUGUCGUAACACCGUGACACUAAAAUAAGUUGUCAGGCUCCGCGAGGAAAAACUAUUCAGGUGGAACAUUAACUUCAAAGCUGACAACAAGAUUUGGAGUCGAUGCGCUCCGGGUCUCCGCGCGGUAUCCACACUCAGCCAUACAAAGACCACCACAACGUUCCCGGAGCUUCUCAAGAUUUAGGACAACUUCUACUACUACUCGGUGUAACGGCGUCCAGUGUCUUUCGCCGGUAUGGGGUUUGCGGACCUCCUGAAUGACGUUGGCGGGUUCGGACGGUUUCAGUGGCUCCACGUCACGCUGAUCUCGAUUCCCGGUCUGCUGAUGGCUAGCCAGAACCUCCUCAACAACUUCACGGCGGGAACGCCGUCGCAUCACUGUACCAUCCCGAACAGAACUUCCAUCGCGAGCACUCACAACAUCUCCCUCGAGGACGUGGAUGAGAGUCAACUGCUGCGCGUCUUCAUCCCGACCGACGCUGGCGGGAACAGACUGGACAAGUGUACGCGGUACGUGGAGGCGCAGUGGCAUCUCCUCGAGGGGAACGCGAGCACACCGGUAACGUUCGCUAAUGGAACGGAGCCCGAGACGGAGUUGUGCCUGGACGGGUGGACGUACGACCGGACGGAGUUCCUCUCCACCAUCGUGACAGAGUGGGACUUGGUAUGUACGUUGCGCCCUCUGAAGCAGAUGAGUCAGACCGUCUACAUGGGCGGAGUCCUGACAGGAGCCAUUAUUUUCGGAGGGCUGUCGGACAGGUUUGGUCGUAAGGCUCUGCUGGUGUGGUCCUACUUCCAGCUGGCUGUGCUGGGUUCCUGCACGGCCCUGUCCCCCUCUUACGUGGCCUUCUGCACCUUCCGCUUCCUCGCCGGCAUGGCCGUGUCGGGGAUCAUCCUCAACGCUGUCUCCCUCAAGGUGGAGUGGAUCCCCACCAAGUCUCGGACGGUGGUGGGCACCCUGACCUCCUUCUUCUUCACGUUCGGUCAGAUGCUGCUGGCAGGGAUCGCCCACAGUCUCAGAGACUGGCGCCACCUGCAGAUUGCCGUCUGCGCACCGUUCAUCCUGUUCUUCCUCUACAGCUGGUGGUUCUAUGAGUCGGCCCGUUGGCUGGUUCUGAACCGGAGGACCAAGGAGGCUGUGAGUCUGCUGCAUCGUGUGGCUCGCACCAACGGCAAGCCAGAGAUGGUCGACAAGAUCACCGUAGCGGUGGUGGAGUCUCACAUGCACAAGGAGAUCCAGUGCAGUAAGUCUGUGUACACGGCCUACAACCUGGUGAAGACGCGGGUCAUGAGGAGAGUCUCUAUCUGCCUCAUGGUUGUCUGGUUCUCCACCAGCUUUGCCUACUAUGGCAUUGCCAUGGACCUGCAGAAGUUUGGUCUGAACAUCUACCUCAUGCAAAUAAUCUUUGGGUUUGUCGACUUCCCUGCAAAGUUGGUGGCACUGGGCAUGCUCACUUACCUCGGCCGGAGGGUCACCCAGGCCACCUGCCUCAUUGUGUCCGGGCUUAUCAUCUUUGCUAACAUCUUUGUCCCUUCAGACAUGCAGACCGUGAGGACCACACUAGCCUGUCUGGGGAAGGCCUUCACCUCAUCUUCCUUCACCUGUGUUUACCUCUUUACUGGAGAACUCUACCCUACUGUCAUCAGACAGACGGGGAUGGGUUUCACCUCCACCAUGUCCCGGCUGGGCAGCAUGGCGGCCCCGGCCGUGCUCAUCCUGGACGAGGUCCUCCCCGCCCUGCCCGGCAUGGUGUACGGGGGCGCCGCCCUAGUGGCUGGGGUGUUUGCCUGCUUCCUGCCCGAGACGCUUGACGUGCCGCUGCCAGACACCAUCGAGGACGUGGAGGAGAAGUGGGGAAAGAGUCCGUCAGAGCAGAAGAAGCAGGAGCUCAAGGAGAGCAUGGCGUUGCAGGAUCUGAAGGAGACGCCCGGAGUUGAAGAGGAUUCUGGAAAGGCUGCAGGCCUAAAUGCUCUCUGACCAACUGAUGCUCUGACUGCCUGUUUUACCGCCUGUUCAUCCACUGUCUGGCUGAUCUAUGCGAGACAUGUGGCCUGGGUUUUAUGACAUUCUAUCAUAUUGUCAUAUAAUAAACUAAUACAGUACUGGACUGGGACUGGAUAGACUAGAACAGUACACAGUAGAUAGACAGACAGCCAGUAUCACAUGCAGGUAGGUAGACGGACAGACAGACGGACAGACAGACGGGCAAUAGCACAGACAGAUAGAUGUGAUAGAUAGAUAGAUAGAUAGAUAGAUAGAUAGAUAGAUAGAUAGAUACAUACAUACAUACAUACAUAAACUGCAGAUGUUUUCAUAAUCACAUUUUUAAGGUACACAAAUAUAUGUGACCUAACAUGAAUCAUUUUGCAUGUGUUCACAACUAUGAACUGAACUUAUUUUCUGUCACAUUGUCUAACAUAGGGUCAAAUUAUAUUAUAUACAGUAUGUGAUUAUAACUGGAAGUUGUAAUCAUGCAUAUAUU